GAGAACGGUGACCGUCGCUGCCCGCAGUUUUUGUUCUAAAAACCUUGUCGAAUCGGUUGUUUUGUGAAGCCUCUCCUGAUAUCUUUUUGUUGGACACUUCAUAUCACCACACGCGACACCGCCCUUAGUGACAAUUUCCCGGGCCGCCGCAGUCACUGGGACCACGGUCCACAGUGCACCCUGAUAAUUUUGAACAUCAUCACUUUCACUCACACCAAUGCCUUCAGACGCUGCACCAUUGAUGAAGCUCGACCUUCCAUCUCCAGAGGAGUUCAGGAAGAGAAAGUCGCAUUACUCUCAGGUGAGGAUAACCGGUCAGGAUGGUUCCUAUCUCGCAGAACUUCUCCUGGAGAAAGGAUACGAAGUACACGGUAUAAUCCGUCGUUCUUCCAGCUUCAACACCGGUCGUCUAGAGUCCCUCUACGCAGACCAACAUGAACACCCCAACAAGUUCAAACUCCACUACGGUGAUCUCUCCGACAGUACCAACCUCGUUUACAUUCUCGCCCAAGUCCUCCCUUCCGAAAUCUACAACUUGGGCGCCCAAUCCCACGUCAAAGUCUCUUUCGAGAUGGCAGAAUAUACAGCCGACGUCGAUGGGCUCGGAACCCUCCGCCUCCUCGACGCAAUCCGCACAGUAGGACUUGAGAAACACGCCAGGUUCUACCAAGCGUCCACUUCAGAGCUUUAUGGAAAGGUCGUCGAGACGCCCCAGAGCGAGACUACCCCCUUCUAUCCUCGCAGCCCGUACGGCGUCGCCAAGCUCUACGCAUAUUGGAUCACUAGCCCAAGGCGAGGGAGGACAUUCGUUACUAGAAAGAUCUCCAGGGCUGUUGCUGAUAUCAGCGUCGGCAAACAGCACUGUUUGUACCUCGGUAACAUCGAUGCGCAGCGAGACUGGGGACAUGCCAAGGACUACGUCGAGGGCAUGUGGCGCAUGCUCCAACAACCCACCCCUGACGAUUUCGUCCUCGCCACGGGAGAGACUCAUCCUGUGAGAGAAUUUGUCGAAAAGGCCUUUGCAAUCGUUGGAAUGACGAUAAGGUGGCGUUACUCUGGCGUGCAGGAGGAGGGGUAUGACGAGAAAACCGAACGAGUGGUCGUUAAAGUCGACCCGCAGUAUUUCCGUCCCGCGGAAGUCGACCUUUUGCUUGGCAACCCCGCCAAGGCCGAACGCGUCCUCGGGUGGAAACGCAAAGUCGACUUUGAUAGCCUCGUGAAGGAGAUGGUGAAUGCGGAUCUGAGGGCUACGAAGAGCCUCGUGGAGGAUCAGAACUGAGUAAUGAGUGCUGGCCUGAUGAGUUCCAAGGCCAAAAGAAAGCCGUAUAUCUCAACUGUGCAACCCAUGUACGAUUGACAAGGACUUUUAUGGACUAAUACCCUAGACUCUAGUACUGUCGCGAUUCGAUUCGAUUAUUUUGAUAGGUAUGAAUGCGGGUUUGUGUGUCGGAUGUUUUACUCUGGGAAGACGUGAUAAGACUAAUCAAAUACUG